UCUCAUAUCUCUCUAGUCAAGCGGCGAGCCUGACUGCAACCGUUCUCCUCCUCCGUCGCUUCGUUUUUUUUCCCUCAUCAAAAAAAUCAAAACCCAAAGCCGCACGCGUGACCUCCACGCGCUUCCACUAUCUCCUCCUCUCUCCGAUCAUCGUCUCGAUUACCUUCUCCAUCUCCGGUAACAAUUGCGUCCGCUUCUCCCAGCUCUAAUACACCAAUCCCCACCGCCUCUCUCUCAAUCUCAAAAAUCCUAAUUAGGGUUUGUCACUGAAACCGACACCACCGUCGUCACGUCGCCGCAGAUUUGAAUCAAAUCGUAACAUGUGAUUGCUGUCACGAAAACCACGAGCGAAGAUGGUUGAUAACAGUAAUAAUAAGAAGAGGAAGGAGUUUAUCAGUGAAGCAGACAUCGCCACUCUUUUGGAGAGAUAUGAUACUAUGACGAUUCUGAGGUUGCUACAAGAAAUGGCUUAUUAUGCUGAUACUAAGAUGGAUUGGAAUGAGUUAGUGAAGAAGACUAGUACUGGAAUUACUAAUGCUAGAGAAUAUCAGUUGCUAUGGCGGCAUCUUGCUUAUCGAGAUUCUCUUCUCCCUGUGGAAGAUAAUGCUCAACUUAUGAAUGAUGAUAGUGAUAUGGAGUGUGAAUUGGAAGCCUCCCCUGCAGUCAGUGUUGAUAUAGUAACAGAAGCUGUUGCGCAUGUAAAAGUGAUGGCUUCUUCCUAUGUGCCAAGUGAGUCUGAUAUUCCUGAAGACUCAACUGUUGAGGCUCCCAUGACCAUUAACAUACCUUACUGCCUCCCUAGGGGUGCUCAGGAACCAUCAGACUCCUUUUGGUCGUCAAGAGGGAUGAAUAUCACCUUUCCUGUUUCUCUUCCAAAAGCAGCUGAGGGACAUAAUGGAAAUGGGUUAGCCAGUAGCAUGGCUCCUCGAAAGAGAAGAAAAAAAUGGUCAGCCGAGGAGGAUGAGGAGCUUAUUGCUGCUGUUAAGCGACAUGGUGAAGGCAGCUGGGCCCUUAUCGCUAAGGAAGAAUUCGAGGGAGAGCGAACACCCUCACAACUCUCGCAGCGGUGGGGGGCUAUAAGGAGAAGGUGUGAUACUUCAAACACUUCUACCCAAACAGGGAUACAGCGAACAGAAGCACAAAUGGCAGCUAAUCGUGCAUUAUCUUUAGCAGUGGGAAAUCGGCUACCCUCAAAAAAACUUGCAGUAGGUACACCUCCAAUGCUUUCAUCCGGUACCAUCACAGGGGCACAAGCCAAUGGUGCCAACAGUGGUAGUACAUUGCAAGGUCAACAACAGUCUCAGCCACAACCUCAAGCUUUGCCACGGCCAGCUGUAUCAGCUUCAAGUAUAAAAUCUCGAGUUCCUGGGAAGAAAACAACAACAAAUUCCAGUUCCAGAGUAGAACUAAUGGUAACCGCUAAUUCAGCAGCUGCUGCUGCCUGUAUGUCUGGCCUGGCAACUGCUGUAUCAGUGCCAAAGACUGAACCAGGAAAGAAUAAUGUUUCUGCGUUGGUGCCGAAGGUUGAACCCGUAAAAACCACUUCCACAGCCUCUUUGCCUCGUCCUUCUGGUAUAUCAUCAGUACUGAAUGCUGAGCCUAUAAAAACUGUUUCGGCAGCCUCUGUGCCUCGUCCACUAGGUAUAGUUUCAGCACCAAAGGUUGAGCCUGUAAAAACUGCUGCUGCUGCAGCCUCUUUACCUCGUCCAUCAGGUAUUAUAUCAGCACCAAAGGCUGAGCCUGCAAAAACCGCCACUUCUGCAGCCUCUUUUCCUCGUCCAUCAGGUAUUAUAUCCGCACCAAAGGCUGAGCCUGUAAAAUCCGCUGCGUCUGCAGCCUCUUUGCCCCGUCCAUCCGGUAUGAUAUCAGCACCAAAGGCUGAGCCUCUAAAACCCGCUUCUGCAGCCUCUGUGCCUCGUCCAUUAGGUAUAACUUCAGCACCAAAGGCUGAGCCUGUAAAAACUGCGGCUGCGGCAGCCUCUUUACCUCGUCCAUCAGGUAUUGUAUCAGCACCAAAGGCUGAGCCUGUAAAAACUGCCAUUUCUGCAGCCUCUUUUCCUCGUCCAUCAGGUAUUAUAUCAGCACCAAAGACUGAUCCUGUAAAAUCCGCCGCGUCUGCAGUCUCUUUGCCCCGUCCAUCCAGUAUGAUAUCAGCACCAAAGGCUGAGCCUCUAAAACCCGCUUCUGCAGCCGCUUUGCCUCGUCCAUCAGGUAUUGUUAUAUCACCACCAAGGGCUGCGCCUGUAAAAACCGCUCCUGCAGCCUCUUUGCCUCGUCCAUCAAAUAUUCUAUCAGCACCAAAGGCUGAGCCAGUAAAGAGUGUUUCAGCUACUGCCAGUAACACUAAAGCGGUUGGACCUGUGAAUUUAAGGCAUGCAGUUAACGGAAGCUCAAAUCACGUGAUAUCUUCAUCACCCUCUAGUAAGCCUUCACUUAUGGCUCCUCUCCCCAAAGGAUCUACAAUCCAGAAUAAUUCAGUUCCUCCUAGUUUUGCAUCGUCAAGGUUGGCCCCUACACAGAGAGUUCCUGCAGCUACUGUUAUGCCACAAAAGCCAAGUGUUGGAGCAGCAGUUGCUGCAGUUUCGAAGCUGGUGGGUGUACAAAAACAGCAAACUCAGGGAGACAGAGCAAGCUCCUUGGCUACAACAGCACUUCCGCUAAAUAAAACUCUCCCAACAAAUUCAGUGAUUAGCACAUCAAAUGUGGUGGCUACACAAGUGGAGACUCCUAGUCUUAUGCCUAAGAAAAACCAAGUAGUUGGCAGUUCCACUGAUAAAAUUUUGUUGGCUAAACCACCUGAAAAAGAAAGUAGUACCACGACGACACCUCUAGUAGUAGCUGCAGCUGAAUCAAAAUCCAAAGAUGAAGCAAGUCACAGAGAAAGUCAAGAUGUUGCAGCCGUAACAGGGACAAGGCAGAAGGAGUUAUAAUUUAUUUACUGCAUUGUUUUGGUGCUUUCAUUAAUGUUUUUUCUUAGGACUCAGACAAGAAUAUGAUGAUGUACAGUAGGACCUCCUAAAUAUAAGGUUCUUACUACUAAUUAAGUAAUAUGAGUUAAGUUUACUUCGA